UCUUUUCCUCCUCCCUCCGCACCCAAAACCCCCAGGGAGAGAGAGAGAGAGAGAAGUGAGAUUGCUCCUAAUCAGAAGCAAUCUCACCUUUGGGAUAACAUAUUUUUCUUCCCGGUGACUCGAAAAACGAAGCUUCUUUUGCUUUUCAUUUCACAAAGGUUCUACUUGAAAACUCCGGCGGCUAACGUUUUCGCCGAUCUUCUCACUUCUCUUUCGAAGUUUCGUCUUCUAACCAAGGAAACGAAAUAAGCUCCUCUUCACCUUUUGAGUAACGUGAUCCGUUUCUAACAAAGGGUUCUUCGUUUUGUUUGGCUGCUAAAAAAAGAAACCUGAUUUUUUUUUUUCUUGGAAGAAGAGAUGAAGAGACUUAGAGACGAUGUUCAACCUGAACCUCAACCUCAAAAGCGAAGGACUGAGGUUUCAUCUCGAGGAGAAACAAACAAGCAACCUAAAACCCUUGAUGCCCUGACGUAUCUCAAAUCUGUUAAGGAAAUUUUUCAUGACAAUAAAGAGAAAUAUGAGUCAUUCCUUGAGCUCAUGAAGGACUUUAAAGCUCAGAGAAUCGACACUGAAGGUGUCAUAGAAAGGAUUAAAGAAUUGUUCAAGGGUUACAAGGACCUACUUUUAGGUUUUAAUACUUUCUUGCCCAAAGGAUAUAAAAUAACCCUUCAGCCGGAGGAAGAGAAACCUAAGGUCCGGGUGGAUUUCAAAGACGCUAUCGGUUUUGUCACCAAGAUUAAUACGAGGUUCGGAGAUGAUGAACGUGCGUACAAAAGUUUUUUAGACAUCCUGAAUAUGUAUAGAAAGGAAAGAAAGUCCAUCUCUGAGGUCUACAAAGAGGUUACUAUGCUAUUCAAGGGUCAUGAAGAUCUACUCAUGGAGUUCGUUAAUUUCUUACCUAAUUGUCCAGAAUCAGCUCCUUCAGCUAAGAAGGCAGUACAGCGUCACAAGGGCACUGAAACUUCUGAUAAGAAACUAAAACUGCGAUGUAAGCUUGAGGAUAAUUCUGAACACUCUGACCAACGAGAAGAUGGUGAUGAGAACCUUGUCGCUUGUUCCCCUGACUCCCUUGUCAAAGAAGGUCAUCCAGGAGAUUUUCAAGAUGAUGAAAAUAGAGAAGAUACUGAAACAGAUACAGCAGAUAGAACUGAAAAAAGUGCAGCAUCUGGCAGUAAAGAUAUCGGAAAUCACAAACCCACCACCCCGUAUGUGGGAACACCUAUAAAUGAACUUGAUCUCUCUGAAUGCACUCAGUGUACGCCAAGUUAUCGGCUCCUGCCAAAGGAUUAUGCAGUUGAGAUUCCAAGCUACAGAAAUACACUUGGUAAAAAGACACUCAAUGACCACCUGGUAUCUGUCACCUCCGGGAGUGAAGAUUACUCAUUCAGUCAUAUGCGCAAAAACCAGUAUGAAGAAAGCUUAUUUCGGUGUGAGGAUGAUAGGUAUGAAAUGGACAUGUUACUAGGAUCUGUAAGUUCAGCAAUCACACACGUGGAAAGCCUUCUGGAAAAGAUGAACAACAACACUAUCUCAGUAGACACUAAUAUAUGUAUCGAGAAACACUUAUCAGCUAUGAACUUAAGAUGCAUUGAGCGGUUAUACGGUGAUAAUGGGCUUGAUGUCAUGGAUCUUUUGAAGAAGAACAUGCAUAGUGCUUUACCGGUGAUACUGACGCGCUUGAAGCAGAAGCAAGAAGAAUGGGCAAGGUGCCACUCUGAUUUCCAGAAAGUUUGGGCUGAAGUAUAUGCUAAGAAUCACCACAAGUCACUAGAUCAUCGUAGUUUCUAUUUCAAGCAGCAGGACUCUAAGAACUUGAGCACAAAAUGUUUAGUGGCAGAGAUAAAAGAUAUCAGUGAGAAAAGGCAUCAAGAAGAUCUGCUUCAAGCUAUUGCUGUUAGAACUAUGCCCUCUUUUACUCCGGAUUUGGAGUUUGAUUAUUGUGAUACACAAAUUCACGAGGAUUUAUAUCUGCUAAUCAAGUAUUACUGUGAAGAAAUAUGUGCCACUGAACAAUCAGAUAAGGUAAUGAAGCUGUGGAUAACCUUUUUGGAGCCCAUGUUUGGCACUCUUUCGAGGUCUCAAGGUGACCUUGCUACGGAAGAUGUAUCAAAGUUGAAAAACAACCAAGAAUUGCAUGAUGCAUGCGUGGCAGUGAAGGACAGCUCUUCUGGGUCAAAGGGUAAACAUCCAAUAUCCCCAAAACUGCUGAAAGAUAAUCCAACAAUGCAAGGAAGCUCGCCUGGGAAAGAUGUCUCAGCCAAUAUAAUGAAAGCUGCUCAGCAUGAUAAACUGCAAGAUGAUACAGAUAUGUCUUAUGAGGUUAUUCAGUCUACCAAACUUGUGUCAGCCAGAAACGAUCAGAUAAUGGAGGAUGUAUCAGUGGUAAAUCAUGAGGCUGAGCGAGAAGAGGGUGAAUUAUCUCCCACUAACAGUUGUGAGCAAGGUAACUUUGAUGUUAGCGGACAAAAUGGCCUCAAGCCUUUACAAAGGGUGAUGGACAAUGUAACAAGCAAUACAUACCAGCAAAGUUGUGAUAAAAAGGGAGCAUAUUGCACUGAAACGGGAACAAAGGGAAAUACUCACCCUGAAGAUGACGAAAAUUGUCACAAGUUAUCAGAGGAUAAUGAGACCGCCUCUGAAAAGGUUGCUUCAGGAACCAAGUCUGGUUGUCAUGAAAAGCAUAAGGAGCCUAUUAGUGUGGCUGGAGAGGUGGCUAAUGGAAAAGAAGGUGAAGAUGGAUCCUUUGCAUUUACAGAGCGGUUUCUGCAAACUGUAAAACCUGUUGCCAAGCAUAUGUUGUAUGAGAGAAUACAAUCAGCAAAGAAACAUUCAGAAAAGAAGUGGAAGGCUCCGGAUAACACAACUCCUGAUUCUUAUCCCAGGUUCAUAGAUGCACUCUAUAAUUUACUUGACGGCUCUAGUGACAAUACAAAGUUUGAAGAUGAAUGCCGAGCUAUUUUUGGAGCACAGUCAUAUGUUCUUUUCACAUUGGACAAGUUAGUUCAGAAGUUUGUUAAGCAUCUGCAUGCUGUUGCAGCUGAUGAGACAGACACCAAGCUUCGACAACUACAUGCGUAUGAGAACUACAGAAAACUGGGGAGAUUCGUUGAUCUAGUGUAUCAUGAGAAUGCACGUGCCCUCCUCCAUGAGGCAAACAUAUACCGGAUCAGAUAUUCAUCAGCAAAAACACGUCUCUCUAUUCAGCUUAUGAACUGCGGGAAUAACCAGCCUGAAGUAGCUGGUGUAGCCAUGGAGCCGGAUUUUGCAAAUUAUCUACAAAAAAAGUUUCUGACAUCCGUCAAUGAUGAUGAGAAUCAUGGACUGUUUUUGAAAAGGAACAAGGAGAAAUUCACUAAUGUAAAUGAAUCUUCGGGGGAUACAAUUGCAAUGGAAGGAUUGAGUAUUAUUAACGAGAUUGAAUGUAAAAUGGCUUGCAGUUCUUCAAAGGUGAAGUAUGUAGCAAACACAUCAGAUCUUUUGUAUAGAAACAAACAGGGGAAACAGAAUUCAAAGGGACCGAGGCUUAAAAGAGUUAGUGAAAUUUCGAAACAGAGAAGAAUAUUGCGGUUUCACAUUAUGCUGAAUUGCAAACUUUGUGCCUUGCCUCCUAUAUAACCUGUGUUGAGGUUCCUGAUGGUAGCGGCUCUUAUGGCUCUUAGAGGUUAUGCAAAGCUUUUGGUGGUGGAGAAGUUUACUUGUUUUUUGACGUGAGAUGAACUAGGAUCGUAUAGCUCAUGAUUCACUAGGCCACAUUUGUUUUGUUUUGCGUUUGGAGCCUUACAUUUUGGUGUAUAGUUUUAUCAGAAUAGAUGAUACGAAAGUUGCCAAAAUCGAAGACUCUAAUUUUGUUCAUUCA